AUGAUAGAACCGAUAGAACGGCGCUACAAAGGAUUAGGAGGUGUUCUCACAUCUUCAUUCUGUCACCAGGCUAUUGCAUUUUGGUCGAUGAUAGUGUUGGCCGGAGCUUGGGGUGCCAUCCACAUGAGCCUCUCCACCUGGCACCGCUACCAAGUGAUGCCAACUGUCAUUUCCAUGGAGCGAGAUUACAAGGAGUGGAACACAUCGUUCCCAGCUGUCACUAUCUGCCCAAUCAGCAAGGUUGAUGAGAGUUUACUGGAAGUUGUCAUUGGGCAAGAGUUUCCUAAUGAGUACAACAACGAGGAUAUGAAGGAAUUUGUGAAAGAACUGAUGAAUGCCGAUUACUCGACAUUUUCGAAUAUAAGGGAAUACACAGGAAUUCGACCUGAUAAGUUUCUGUCGAUAAUUGAUGAAACGCAUGAGAACUUCUCGUAUAGCCUGAGCAGCAGUCACUCGGAUGUGUACGGCAUUCUGGACAUGGUCAAGUCCAUGACAGAACUAGGAGAGUGCUACAGUUUCAAUUCUAUGGUAGCCGUGUACAGCCAGAUAAGCUAUUGGAAGAAUGGGAAGUUCAGUGUGGUUGAGCAGCCAGAGCCCUUCACUGGGAGUCCCCUUGAUGGUGAUAUGUUUGCGCAAGUCAUGAGGAUGAGCAGUGGUUAUAUGUUGUACAUUCACGGGCCAUACGAAACGUUCGACAUAGCGAGCAAAGCGAACUUCUCUCCGUACAUGAAGUACAAAACGCUGGAGCUGAGUGCACUGAGCAUCUACAGCACAGCUGAGACGCGCACUCUGACCAUCGCACAGCGCAAGUGCCGGUUCUCGGACGAGUCCAACCUCAAGUUGGCGCCAGUUUACACCUACAAGCUGUGUCGCAUGCAGUGUCGUAUGCAGCUCGCCCUCCAAUUCUGCAGAUGUGUGCCGCAUUUCUACAGACCUCAGAAGGGCUAUAAAAUCUGUGAUGUCUAUGGAAUGCACUGCCUAGGAAAAUAUCAUGAUGUUUUGAUAAAAUUGAGAGACCCGACAAAGAAUGAUGCCAAAAUGCCAUGCGACUGUUUACCACCCUGUGAUGACAUUAUGUACGCUGUUGAGAGCGAAACAACAAUGGAAUGGUUUCUAGGAACAAAUUUGAAAUGGGGUUUGGUAAAAUAUCCCAGGUUAAGACUGAAACGAGACAUAAUUUUUGGAUUCACCGACUUAUUAGUUUCAAUCGGAGGAACAGCCGGCUUAUUCCUAGGUUGCAGUGUGCUCAGCUUCAUUGAGUUCAUCUACUUUUUCACAUUACGUGCCUGGUUCACCUGGAGGAAAUCUAGCGGAAAGAGAAGAAAUUCCAACAUUGUAUUACCAUCUCAAGGGCAGAGGAUGAGAUUUUUCACUCCGAAAACAACCUUUUUACAUUAGAUUCAUGAUCUCCUUCAUGCUCUUUAACAAGUAAUUGUAUCUCUCUAUAACUCUAUUAUAAUAAUGUUAUACUCUCUGGCUAAUUUUUUGUGAAGGCUUUAAAACUCCAAAAACAGACAUUCUCUUUGAUAAUCUUAAUCACUUCAUCCAAAUGAAAGUCUGGAGUUGGGAUGAUUGCGAGAAAUCAAUGACUCAGGUUAGCAACAAUCGGUUUAAUUUAGUAAGAUAAAUUUGAUGAAUCGAUCGAUAGGGAGAAAACUGUUGAGAAAAUGUUAUUCUAAUUAGCCUAACUGAAUUCUAAUUAAUUUAUUGAAUUUAAUUGGAGAAGAACCUAAUCACUCAGGAUACACGAUGUUUUAUAAUAACUACAGUUACGGUAUCUUGUAACUGUA